UCCGAGGAGGAGGGGAGGGAGCCUGGAGCAGGGAAGGAGCCCUGCGCCCCGCGCCUCAGUGCGCUGCCUUGAGCCCCUCAAUGCACCCCUCCGUGCGCCCGCCGGCAUGAGCGAGCCGCUGCCCGGCUACCCCGGGCACGAAUGGCAGGCGGCCUCCGCCAAGGGCCAGGUGCUGCCGCCCCGUGGUCCUUUUCAAUGACGGGCAUCCAGCAGACCAGCAAGUCCUGGGGAGCCGCGAGCCCAGGCUCCGGAGUCCCCCCCAGCGCGCCACAGACCGGACUGCAGAGCGCAGGGACAGCGGCAGCAGGGCGCAGACCCGACCCAGCGUGGAGGCGGGAAAGUUGCGGGUCCUGGGAGUCGCCCGCCCCGGCAGCCCCGGCAGCCCUGGCCCGGCUGCAAAGCCACAUUGUGCGCCUGCCAGAGUGCCGGCCGGGAGCACAGAGGGGGCUUCUCUCGCGCUGCAUCUGAUUAGCCCGCACACAAAGGGAGCGGCUGAAUGGAGCUUGUCACUCUCUGGAAAAGGGUGGGUAAGGCACUUUCUAAUUAAAUUCUUUCCCGGAGAUUUUUUUUCCCUCCUCCCUUUUGCUGCAGCAUCUAACAUGGACCCACUCACCAUCUCUUUGAUGUCUCCAUGGCUGUGAACUUUCUAUGCCGCCCAGGCUUCUGCAUGUCUAGAGAUUUCUGACCGAGCGCUUCCAAUGGACAUUCUCCAGCCUUUUUGGAAAGAUUCUCGCUAAUGGAUUUCCUGCUGCCGGGUCUCUGUCUAUACUGGCUGCUGAGGAGGCCCUCGGGGGUGGUCUUGUGCUUGCUGGGGGGCUGCUUUCAGAUGCUGCCCGCCGCCCCCAGCGGGUGUCCGCAGCUGUGCCGGUGCGAGGGGCGGCUGCUCUACUGCGAGGCGCUCAACCUCACUGAGACGCCCCGCAACCUGUCGGGCCUGCUGGGCAUGUCCCUGCGCUCCAACAGCCUCUCCGAGCUGCGUGCCGGCCAGUUCGCUGGGUUACUGCAGCUCACGUGGCUCUAUCUGGAUCACAAUCACAUCUGCUUGGUGCACGGGGACGCCUUCCAGAAGCUGCGCCGAGUUAAGGAGCUCACCUUGAGUUCCAACCAGAUAGUACAGCUGGCCAACGGCACCUUUCGGCCCAUGCCCAACUUGCGCAGCGUGGACCUGUCUUACAACCAGCUGCAGGCGCUGGCGCCAGACCUCUUCCACGGGCUGCGGAAGCUCACCGCGCUGCACCUGCGGGCCAACGCCCUCCAGUUUGUGCCGGUGCGCAUCUUCCAAGACUGCCGCAGCCUCAAGUUCCUGGAUCUGGGAUACAACCAGCUCAAGAGCCUGGCGCGCAACUCCUUUGCCGGCCUCUUCAAGCUCACAGAGCUGCACCUGGAGCACAACGACCUGGUCAAGGUUAACUUCGCCCACUUCCCGCGCCUUGUCUCCCUGCAUUCCCUGUGCCUGAGGAGGAACAAAGUGGCCAUCGUGGUCAGCUCUCUGGACUGGGUCUGGAACUUGGAGAAGAUGGAUCUGUCGGGCAAUGAGAUCGAGUACAUGGAGCCGCACGUGUUCGAGACUGUGCCGUACCUGCAGUCCCUGCAGCUGGACUCCAACCGCCUAACCUACAUUGAGCCCCGAGUCCUGGACUCCUGGAAGGCGCUCACGAGCAUCUCUCUGGGCGGGAACCUGUGGGACUGCGGGCGCAAUGUGUGCGCCCUGGCUGCCUGGCUCAGCCACUUCCAGGGCCGCUCCGAUGGCAGCCUGCAGUGCGCCAGCCCCGAGUCAGCACAGGGCGAAGACGUGCUGGACGCUGUGUUCGCUUUCCACCUGUGCGAGGACGUGGACGCGGAUGUGGCCGAGCCCACGAGUGGCCACCUGCUGUCCCCAGCCACCAACCACAGCGAGCCAGGUGUGUCCUCCACACCCGCCGAUGGCAGGGACAAGCCACUUCCAGACAGCAGCCUGGAGCCAGCCACUGUGCCAUUCCCAGGCGGCAAGCAAGAGAACGCUGUGCAGAUCCAUAAGGUAGUCACGGGCACCAUGGCCCUCAUCUUCUCCUUUCUCAUCGUGGUCUUGGUGCUCUAUGUGUCCUGGAAAUGCUUCCCUGCGGGCCUCAGGCAGCUCAGACAGUGCUUCGUGGCACAACGAAGGAAGCAGAAGCAGAAGCAGACCGUGCACCAGAUGGCUGCCAUGGCUGCCCAGGAAUACUAUGUGGACUACAAGCCCAGCCACAUCGAGGGGGCCCUGGUGAUCAUCAAUGAGUAUGGCUCCUGCACUUGCCACCAGCAGCCAGCUCGUGAGUGCGAGGUGUGACUGUUCCAGAGGCUCCAUCCCUGCCUACACCACCAAAAACAAAAACAAACAAACAAAAAUGCCACCUGGCAGCUAGGCUGGACCCCUAGUCUCUGCUCCUUGACUGACUGGGAGGGGGCCUCUCCCAGACACUUCCCAUUUUAGCUUUAUUGUGUCUUACAAAUAAAACACAACAACAACAACAAAAGCCCCACCUUCACCACCUUCAGAACAGUCUAUCUUAAAAUUUCAUAUGAGAACUCCUUUCUCCCAUUGAAGACCUGUCCAUAUUCAGGAAUCUGAGAGUGUAAAAAAAGGUACCAGUCAUUGAUUUUUUUUUUUUGUAAACUACAAUGUUUAAAAUAAAAUAGCAUUUACAGUUUUUA